AUGUGUAUAUUGUAUGAGAGACGGUCUCAUAUACGUGCCCGAUACAAGAAAACACGCUGGCUCAAAACGAUUUUGGGCCACGAUCGAGCGCAGCACGAGGCCGCCGCCAUUGAUCGAGCGCAACGCGAGGGCGCGGCCAAUGGAUUGCUUCGGGAGGAGCGAUACUGCGAGGCGCUGAGGGCGUCAUUUGCCAUCCUCGCCAUCGAUCCGUGGAGCAUCGAGGCAAUUCUUGGCACGGCGCGAUCCCUCAUCGGCCUGGGCGAGUACGAGCAUGCAUGCGCUACCCUGAGCACGGGAAUGGAGGCCACGGACAGCUCCAGCCACGAAAUGGUGGAGCUCCUCGCCGUCGCGGAGCAGCUCAAGGCACAGUCCACCACCGGCGACUUCGAUCAGCCGCUGCGCGCCUACUUCUCCAGCGCCGCGUUCCGGACCGAGAGUGCACGAGCCGGCGGGGUGUCGGACGGCGCCUUUGUGUUCUCCGAGAUUCCGGUGCCACCAAUGGCGGAGUUCCUGGGCGAGUUCCAGUGCGCGCCCUCCACACUCCAUGGCCGGGGCUUGUUCGCGACCAAAGAUCUGGAAGCCGGAGAUCUCAUCUUCGCCACCAAGCCGAUCGCGAUUGCCAGGGGCGGAGCAUCACUCAAGCAGGCCGUCCUCGAGAAAGCAAAGAUGCCAAGGGUGGCGGAACUACUUCAGUAUCUUCCAGGCGGGAACAGCGCCGCGGCCUCCCUCCCCGUGAGCUUGCUCCAUCCCUCUGGGAACCUGGAAGACUACCUGGAUGAUGAUGAUGGCCACGAAGAGGCAGCAGGGCUGGAGAGGGUGGUGGACGCUUACAUGGCUGCCGGGCACAAGUCCGUGUGCCCGGACAACGUCUUGUGGCCGCUGUUGACGCUCAUCAACCACAGUUGCAUACCGAGCGUCACGCUCCGGGUCGUCGGGACUACCCUCUUCUGCAGAGCUGCCAGGGAUCUCAAGGCGGGCGAGGAGCUCCUGGUGAGCUACUAUGGCGGGAGUCUCAAGAGCAGGCUCACGUCACUCAUCUGGCCGUCGAGGCCCGAGGACAUCAUCGUUUGCAAGUGCCGGAAGUGCGAGCUUGAGACGAAGAUCCCGGUGCUGUAUCCUUACCCAGGCUUUGGCAAAUGGAUCCAGAGGGACGACGUGGAGCGGAUGUGUUUGAUGGAAGAGUUUGUGCUCCAUAACGAUUUCAGCUCCGAAGACAAGCAAGUGGUCCGGUCCGGGUUUGCGCGGCACUACUACACUGGAGGCCGGCCUUGCGUCUACGUCCGAGUUCCCACGGCGGAGGUGGUCAUGGAGGCCGUGCUCCGGUAUGGCUGCACCGGCGGCUUCAACUCGUGCCUUGGCUUGCAAUCGCGGCUGCUACGACACGCCACCGACAAGGCAGCCGCAAGAGAGCUCUUGCUCCAGUCUUGCAUCACGCACUUUGGUCAGGCGCUGGCGCGCGAGCUCCUUGUCCGUGUCGAGUAUGGCCUUGGUCACUUCUAG